AUGGCUGGCAGUGAGUCUGACCAGCCGUAUUUCCUACACCCACAAGAUGGUCAGACUAACUCUGUAACAUCCACCCAAUGUCACAACCGUGCUUUACAAUGCAGAUCACCAGAAACUGAUACUACAGAAUUUCAGACCCACUACCAGGAAGAACCGAGAUGUGCACAAGGAAGACCCAUCCAGAAAACGAACACACCCAAAUUUACAAGUCAUGAUGUUUUAUCGAACAAGAAGCUAGAAAGACCCAUGGAGGACAUAGUGGAACGCAACAAGAUAACCCUGGGGCGCAGCACAUCCAAACGUGGCUCCUAUGUGAGGGUGUAUUCACUUAAACAGCAGAUGCCCAUUAAUGUGCAUGAAACUCUUAAGGACACGGCCACUGCAGAAAAUCAGGAGGACAGCUCAGCCCCCGAGCUGGUGUGGCUCCAGAAAACACAGCAGUUAUGGAUCACCCAGAUCAACAAGGAGAAAAAAGCCCAGCGGAAAGAAUACCCCAACCUCUCUCGACAGCAGCCAUCCCCUGCCGUGGUGGUCAAAGCUGAGCUGGGAGACUGUUUGAGUUCCCUUUUAGCAAGGCCAGCUGAUGUAACGCAGCCAAAACCUCAAAAGAUGGCCUCAUCACAGCCUUUGCCCCCCACCAUCCACCUCAACGUCAACCUCAACACAUCAUCCAAUCUUCUUUCAUUACUCCAGCAGAAGGGCCAGGAUGCCUUCAUCAACUUAGCAUCUCUUCAUGGUCGUCCUCAUUGGAGCCCCACAUCUGAUGUUCAACUUGCCUUGUACCCAGGGUGUCAACUAACAAAUCCAGGAAAGUCCUCCCACAUGUCUCGGGAAGGGCUAAAUGCACAGCUUCAUCCCCGAAACCUGGAGAGUGGCCCUAACCAAUGGCAAAGGACAACUGCAUUACAGUGGCCAUCCUGUGAAGGUGAUGACCAGACUUGGAGUUUAAAUGAGGUUCACACCAAACAGUUUCCACAAAACCUUACCAGGACACCAACUACUGCCUCGUCACAGGGCCUGGGCUCGUGCAGAGUUCUUCCACCUAUAGGGAAGCCAAUGACAAGAAAAGAGCCUAAGAUGAGCCCUUGUCAAAGUGUGAAUACGGUCAACCCCAUCCAUGGAAACAGCUCCGACAGCUACCUGGUUCAGAUGGAGAAGCUGAAGCAGCUGAGGGCAAGAGUUACUAACAAGAAGCUGAAGACAGCCAUGGAUCUGCGAGGCCUGCAUCCUGACUACACAGCCAUUGAAAAGACAAAGCUGUAUUCAAAUGUGGUCCGUGAGCAGAACAAAAAGAUAAGUAGGAUUCCCUUUCUACCAGCCAAGGACCUGGAAGGCAGUGACAAGAAAGUUCCCAGGAUGAAGGCCUUGGAAUAUGCCAAGACAAUAGCCAAACCCCCUGUCCAGUCUCAACCAAAACAGAGACAGACACACCAGGCUGAAGGUUUUUCUGAGCACGCUCCUUGCUUGCAGGGUUUGGAUGUGGCCCAGCUGACCAGACUGGAGCUCCUUACCAAACGGCAUGAGGAAGAAAAGCAGGCUGUGUCACUCUUCAGAAAAAUACCUGCUGUCUGAAGCCAGGUUCGGUUUCAGUUCACGUUACAGUAACCAUGGAACCCGGGCUCUGUCUUUUUAAAUUAGCCAGGCCUAGAGUCACAUCAACAAAUCUGCAUACACAUUUUCACACAUUUUUCAAAAAUAAUUAUGAUAAAUUAGAUAAAGACAAUCUCUGAGAAGAACUGAAGCCUCAGCCAGUGUCUUGUGUUACUGUUAAUAUUGUGUGUUAACAGAUCAAAAAAUCACUUCAAGUGUUUGUUUUAAACACUGAUACCAGAAAUGUCACCCGUAGAUUAUCUUAAAAUUUAAAUUUGGCAGUGACUGAGCCAUGAAAUCCAGAUUUGGUCAAGGGGAAGCCGGAGUGGACGUGAUUCUCAAAAUGUCCACCAAGACACGUAAGAAAAAGUGCAAUUAACUAACUAGUUCAACAUUACUGGUUCCAAAACUAUGUUGAAAUAUGUAAAGCACCUCUAACAAAUCAGUCAUAGAAAGUGCUCUGUAGAGUCUCUGCGAAAACAUGUUUUAAGGCAGAUAUUUUAUUUUCUGAUGUGACCCUUAUCUAUGCGGCACCUAUAGGGAAUAUGUGCAUGUCAGGGUUUGAAGAAAAGGCGAUGGCACUUUCUACGCCAACACCCAGAUGUGAUUGGAGUAGAGCAGCCAACUCCAGCAGUAAUAAACCAACUGACCACACACACACUGCAGGGUGUGUUGCUCAGGACCAAAGGAGGUGCAGUGCUGAGUGUGAAGUUGUUUGGAUGAAUCUUUAGCACUGUGGGAUUGUCAUGCCUUGUCUCAAACUUUUAAAGAUUAGAGUUUUUGUAUGGAAUGUAGGUUUGAUACAUUUGACUGAUUUUAGUAGAUACAUUUAUACAUAAUAUAAUAAUAAUAUAAUCAAACGUAACUGUAUAUAGAGAUAUGUACCUGCUCAAUAGUCAGAUAUUACUGUAAGUAGUGUCUCAGACUUUGUGUCAUUGUCAUAUCAUUAAAUGUCACUGAAAACCUGCUGGGUUUAGAUUGAACGCUCUUGUGUGUCAACAGUGACACUGAGCAGUCAUAGAAUCACCAACAGCACUAAACCUUAAAUUUUAUAGUCCACUUCCAACUGUCCCAGACCACUGACUAAUGCCCACACUUCCCAUAUUGUUAUUUUAGUCGCAUUACAUUGUUCACAUCACUGUUAAACCUACAGUAAUCCAGAUAGUCUCUGUUUUGGGUUUGUUUUUCUUUCAUUCAUUGGUCCCUAUGUCUUGUAGCCAUGUUCGUAGUAGUAACUCCUCCCCAACACACAACACUCCCAAGCAGCUCAUUUUACUAAUUGAACCCUCAGAUCAUUAUCAAAGCACUAUUUACCUCUGUGCAAUAUUUUAAUUAGAUUAUAGUCUCUAUUUAACCCAUCAUGGACUCUUUGAAGCUCUGUGUUUUUAGUGUUAAGUCCUCAGAUGUGCGGUUUGAAACAAAUGACCAAGCCCUUUUUAAUUUAAUGAGAAACACUGCCUAUCCAGACUGAGUCUCUUGCAUCUUUUUUUUUUUUUUGGUCCCACCUACUCGUUUUUUGCCAUUGAAAUCCAGUUAAUUGAAGGAGUCUUUCACCGCUAUACAUGAAGGGGGCCAAAUUAGCAUCCCUUUCUGCCCAUUGGGAAGCUAAGGCAGACGUGGAUGCUUUGAUGUGAGAAGUGUGCUUUCAGUAGGCGGCAAGCUUCCUGAAAAUGAGCUGAUGGCCCUGCUAUUAGGCCCAAAUGCAGAUGCGUCCAUGUGUUGCAAAACGCUUAAUCUUUUAAUUGAUCACCUUCUGCAUGGCCUAUUCUCCACAUGGUUUUUUUCCCCGGCUGCCUGUUAAUCAGAAUCACAUUUUGAAGAUGACAUGAAUUGCUUUUCAAAAGGCGGGAAAGGAUGGCAAAUCCAGUACGAAGGAAAGAGAGGAUUUCAGCUUAUUGUGCAAAUGCCCAGAGAGAGAGAGAAAGAGAGAGAGAGAGAGAGAGCUUGUGGGAAAACAAAUUUAAUACACAUAAUAAAGCUGAUUUAAGAUUCUUAAAUGUCUGUGUUUGUGUGGCUCUUACACACAUUUCUAAUCAAGUGUUGUCAAAUCAAUUAUUACAAUAAAUACUUUACUUCCCUUCUACCCUCAAUUGUUAUAACAGUAGUAACUGGACAGUACACGUUAUUAAUACUCUUCUACAGCAGUUGUUUGUUGGACCAGAGGGGACAAUGUUAGGUAUUUGUAUGGUAUGAUGAUGAUGAUGAUGAUGAU